ACGAAUCACUGUAGGAUGGUGAGCUGACAGUGGAAACCUAUAGGCAAAGUAUUGCUCAGGAUGAAUAUCAUUUGGAGAAAUUUCACUUCCUGUCUAAGGCUAGGAAAGGUGCCACACAGAUACCAAAGUGGGUACCAUCCAGUGGCCCCUCUGGGAUCAAGGAUUUUAACUGACCCAGCCAAAGUUUUUGAACACAACAUGUGGGAUCACAUGCAGUGGUCUAAAGAAGAAGAAGAAGCCGCCAGAAAAACAGUAAAAGAAAACUCAGCUGUGCGAGUCCUUCUGGAAGAGCAAGCUGAAAUUCUUCCAGUUGAUCAAGAAACUAAAGAGAAGGUGGGAGAAUCCUCAUGGAAUCAUGUAGAAACUAAGGCUGCAAACUGUUCCUCAAGAAUGCACUGCCUUGCAAUGCCUGAAGAAAAAAAUCAUUUUAAGAGAAGUACUGGCUCUUCAGAUGGUCAAAGCAAAGCAGGGUCCGAUUUCUCCAACUUAGACUCUGAAGAACACAAAAAAGGACCUCUGAAGACUGAAUUGUUUCCUGGUAGCAAUGCCACUUUCAGAAUACUAGAGGUUGGCUGUGGGGCUGGAAAUAGUGUUUUUCCAAUUCUGAACACCUUGCAGAACAUUCCAGAGUCCUUUCUUUAUUGUUGUGAUUUUGCUUCUGGAGCUGUGGAGCUAGUAAAGUCUCACUCAGCCUACAGAGCAGCCCAGUGUUCUGCCUUUGUUCAUGAUAUAUGUGACGAUGGCCUGCCCUACCCCUUUCCAGAUGGAAUCCUGGAUGUCAUUCUCCUGGUCUUUGUGCUCUCUGCUAUUCAUCCUGACAGGAUGCAGGGUGUUGUAAACCGACUGUCCAAAUUACUGAAACCUGGGGGAAUGCUGUUAUUUCGGGACUAUGGAAGAUAUGAUAAGACUCAGCUUCGUUUCAAAAAGGGGCAUUGUUUAUCUGAAAAUUUUUAUGUUCGAGGAGAUGGUACCAGAGCAUAUUUCUUUACAAAAGGAGAAGUCCACAGUAUGUUCUGCAAGGCCGGUUUAGAUGAAAAGCAAAAUCUGGUUGAUCGUCGCUUGCAAGUUAAUAGGAAAAAACAAGUGAAAAUGCACCGAGUGUGGGUUCAAGGCAAAUUCCAGAAACCACUGCACUGGACUCAAAAUAACUCCAAAUUGGUAUUUUCACUCCUUUCUCAUGACUGAACUAUGUACUAUGCUAAGGUGUAAAACCAGAGGACUAUAUUAUUUAAAGACUCCUACAAAUCUUUCAUUUCUCAAAAGACAAUAAAAAGAGAAUUUACAUUUCUUGUUGUUUUAUCAUAGGUGAGCUCUUUUGUACAUUUUAAGCACUUGUAAGUGA